ACUGAUGAAUUCAUGACUUUCACUUGUAUGCAUUUAUAUGCUACUCUUCAUUUUCAUUUAAGAUUCAGUUUCCGGUUCAUUCAAAGAUAUUUCUAUGAAUCCCUACAAACUACUUAAACUAUUUUGAUUGCAGCAUGCUGGUUAUGAGACAGCACAAACUGUAGUUGAGUGGUAACUAUACCCUUGGAAAUAAUGGGUUAACUCAUACAAGGAAGUACCUGUGUGGUCAUUCACAAAGGGAUUAAAGUCCGUCAGAGAGGACAACAAGGAAGCGUCACCUGGAUAGGUGGUAGUUCCUGUUAGUUCCCUAAUGACGAGGUGGUUGACCAUUUGUUUUGUUCUGUCGGUAAAGUGGUUUCAGAGGAACGUUCUUAAAGCUGGUUGUGAUAAGCUGCAUCUGAGAAAUGGCCGAUGAACUGCAGAGACAAAGCACAAGUAAUGGUUACCCUGGUGACCAGCAGUCGCUAAGGUCACGGCGAGUUUCAUCCCACGUAUCCAAUCAGAACUACCCUCAGUUCAAAUGGAGCUCGAUGCCCACAGAGAAGGAAGAGGAAGAGGGCAACAGUGGUUUGCCUCGGGACCUCAGGAGCAGUCCUCUGCCCAUGGCGCUGAAAAGAGCUGUGUGGAAAGUGCAGCAAAUGCAGGUGCCUGUGGUUUCCAGAGUGGAGUCCUGGAGAUGGAAAAAGGCUAAAUUUCUGCGUAUACUCAGAGACAACACCAGAGAAUUUCUUUACUUUUUUGCACUGUGGAGGAAGUCGUUGCAAAAGAUUGGAGGGAACUUUGGAGGUGGCGUCCAGUCCUUCUUCCUGUUCCUACGAUUCUUGGUGGUGCUCAACUUUGUUUCCUUUCUACUAAUUGCUGGAUUUGUCCUCAUCCCGAGCAUUGUCCUCAAAUCUGCUGGGACUGGCUUCGACAACAGCACUGGUCCAGAGGAAUGCAUGAAUUAUAACCAUAAUCCUCAAGGCUUGGUGGUGUUCUAUACUUACUUCCUCGACUUACUCUCUGGAACGGGCUUCAUGGAGUAUUCCUACUUGUUUUACGGCUACUACAACAACACAAUGGUGGCGGACAGCGAGUUCUCAUAUAACAUCCCCCUCGCGUACCUCUUGACUGCUGUCUUCUACUUCGCCUUUUGUUUCAUUUGUAUCAUCGCACGCAUGGGGACUGCAGCCCGGGUGGCUGUGGCAACAGGAGGCGGCGCCGUGGGCAACUACAGCAUGGCAGUGUUCACCAGCUGGGAUUAUGGCUGUCUGGGAGACCGAGCCACCAAACUGAAGCAGAAAAAUAUCCACUACCAGCUACAGGUGGAUCUGGAGGAGGAGCGCAUAAAGAAAAAGGCAGCCGCUCUGACUUUAAAGCAAAAAAUUAUUCAAUACUCUCUACGCGUUUGUAUGGGUCUUCUUGCAUUUGGGCUGAUUAUAGCGGCUUUCUAUGGCAUCUUCAGGGCCACCACGUUCAGUCAGGAAAAGAGAAACACAGGAGGAAUCCUGGGUUUGAUUUUUCAGUAUCUACCUUCCAUUGUCAUCACCGCCGGAAACUUCCUGGUGCCAUUUCUGUGUGACCAGAUUGCCUUGGUGGAGCGAUAUGCACCCAGCACUACUGUCAUAGUAGCCCUACUGAGGGCAGUGUUCCUUCGCCUGGUCAGUCUGGGGGUCCUCCUCUUUACCCUGUGGAGUGAGAUCACCUGCAACGGGGACACGAAUGAUGAAAGCUGUAGUCUGUGCCAGUACAAGUAUAAAAUCUACCCGUGCUGGGAAACACGUAUAGGACAGGAGAUGUACAAGCUGACACUGUUUGACCUCCUCAUCACUACUGCUGUGCUCGUCCUUGUGGAGUUUCCACGCAGGAUGGUGGUCGACAACUGGUCCAACAAACUGACCCAGUGGGUGGGCCGGCAGGAGUUCGUAGUUCCCUCCAAUGUGCUCGGGCUGGUCUAUGGUCAGACUGUGGUUUGGACAGGAGCACUUUUUUGCCCUCUGCUGCCGCUCAUCAAUACUGUCAAGUUUGUCAUCCUCUUCUACUUCAAAAAGAUCACGCUCUUUUAUAAUUGUCGGCCAGCACUGAGGACAUUUCGUUCCACCACCUCGGCCUUCUUCUUCCUGGUGGUACUCUUGUUUGGCUGGAGCCUGGCCACAGUUGUCAUGGUUUACAGUCUUUCUGAGAUUCAUCCAUCUAUGAGCUGCGGUCCCUUCCGUUCCUUCAGCUACAUGUGGUUGAUUGUUCCAGCCUCUUUCUACAAACUUUGUGAAACAACACAGAACUUUCUCUUUUUCGUUGGCUCCCAGGCAUUUUCCAUCCCUCUGUGUGUGUUGUUCGGUGUGGUGUUGUGUUAUUUCGUAGCCUUAGCCUCUGUUUAUGGGAAUAGUGUUGCCUUGCUAAGAGCUCAGCUUAAACUGGAGGGCCGUGACAAGCAGUUCUUGGUCAAACAGAUUGACAUGCUGAGUCAACAACUUCAGAUACCAAAACAGACUGAAGAAGACUGAUGAGCCAUGUUUACUUCUUUAUGACUCUAAACAUGAAACAGCAUGAUGAGGCAUCUGACAGGACCCUUUACGUAUAAAGUCAGUAUGAUAUAAUGCUGGCUGGAGUGAAGCAGCAGCAACAUUUUUGAAUUAAAGAUGUUGUUAUCCUUGACAGACCAGGCAGACCAGAAGUUUUCUAGGAAAUUUUAAUGAGGGAAAAUUAAAACCUGUAGAUUAUUAAUCUAUCAAGGGGCUGCACGUUUUGUAUUAUGAGUUUAUCACAUGUUAAUGUAAACUAUCAAUGUGAAAAUAACUAGUAAAUAUAGCAGUGAGGUAACUAUAGUGCAAUAAAAAGUACAAUAUUUCACUCUGAAAUGCAGAGUAGAAGUGUAAUAAAAAAAUGUACCUCAAAAGUUCCUCAAAAUUGCACGUACAGUACUUGAGAAAAUUUAUAUACGUGCCAUUGUCUGAACUUGAUUGAACUUGACUAGUCCUGCAGUGGGGAAAUUCUCAGUGUCACAGCAGCUCAGGGAUAGCAAAUGGAGGUACAAAUAGGAGUAUAUUUGCACUUUUUUAAAAAUAAACUGUACAAAAACACACACAUUAUUUACAAUCCUGCACAAUUAUUUACAUUAUUAGCAGUAAUGAGUUAAGUUUGUCUUUAAAUACAGUGGUAUAUGAAAAAAGUGGUAUUUGGUAAACAACAUAAAGCCAUGCAUAAUGCCAUACAAAAUGUUCCUUUGUUAUAAAUGCAAAGUUUCACUUCUUUUCUCUGUACACGAAAAUAGAGUUCU